GAAUAAGUUCAUGCUGAAUUUUUUUGGCUGUACCACUUUAUUUGAAAAGAUUGUCAUGCACUUUGUCAUAGUUAGUAAAUUUGGGAAUAUUAAACAGGUUUCAAAAUGAGUUUAUGCGAUGAACAGAGUUCCUGUCAAAAAUGACUGCAUUUCCCAUGAUCCAACUGUGGUAAUGGGGCUGGGCUACUUUCCUAGGACAGGUAGGGCGGGUUUCUAUUGUUACCACAGGUGCUGUGAGGCUGUAAAUCAGAAAGAACAGGAAAAACUGAUGAGAGGACACAAAGAGAGCGAGGAGGAAGGAGAAGCCAGUGGAGACACGUGAGAAAGAUCAGCAGGUGGAUUGGACAGCAAACCUGAUUAUAGACAAGCAUUUUUUUUUUUAAAUCCUAUUUUAUCUAAAGGAAGUUCCCUUUUUUUUGACAGAUAACUAACCAGAACCUGGGCAGGAGGACAAAAAGGAUGUAUUCAUGCUUUCUUUUGCUGCAGGUCAUAAAGUGGGUCAACACCUGAGAAGGAGCUGAAAGGAGCAGCAGAACUGAGACAGUUUUGUCCUUCUGAACGAGCACUGACAGAGGGGAGGGACAGGCUGAACUGGCUGGAGACAUUAGACGGACAGAAUGCUGAGUUAUAAAGAAAAAGCUUUAUUAGCUUUUAUUUAGAGGAUACUGGAGAGGUAAAUGGUUUCUAACCUGUGAACAGUACCAUUUUUACAUCUUGACAAACAAACUUAAACUGGUUUCACAGGCUACAUGCGGACUAAUUCAACUAAACUGACCCUGCUGCUGGAAAAACAGCCUGCUGACCGACUGUAGCUUUCACUGGAACCAGUGGGAGUUCACAUACUUUCUUUCCUAUGACCCAGCAUUUUAAAUUCUUAUUCAAGCAUAAAGAUAACCCAGAAAGUAUAGGAAGGAUCAUUUCCUCCACUCUCACACAUCCAGAGAUAGAGACGCAUCACUCCACUGCAACUCCACCAUGCAGACCCCAGGACCCGAGCACGAUGACUCUUUUGAUUUCCUGUUUAAGAUCAUCCUGAUCGGAGACUCUAACGUGGGGAAGACCUGUGUGGUUCAGAAUUUCAAGUCAGGGAUUUUCACAGAGAGGCAGCAGAACACCAUCGGAGUGGACUUUACUGUACGAACCCUGGACAUCGAGGGCAAGAAAGUGAAGAUGCAGGUGUGGGACACGGCAGGCCAGGAGAGGUUUCGUACGAUCACCCAGAGCUACUACCGCAGCGCUCACGGCGCCAUGAUUGCCUAUGACAUCACACGGCGCUCGACCUUUGACUCGGUGACCCACUGGAUCAAGGAGGUGGAGCAGUUCGGGGCAACCAAUAUAGUAUUGGUCCUCAUAGGUAACAAAUGUGACUUGGAGCCGGAACGUCAGGUUCUGUUUGAGGAAGCCUGCAACCUGGCAAAGGAGAGAGGCGUACUAGCUGCUCUCGAAACAUCAGCAAAGGAGAGUCAGAACGUGGAUGAAGCCUUCAUGAUGACGGCCAGAGAGCUGCUGUCCCGUAACGGCCUCAGUGUCCAGCAGGGAGACUUGGAGAGCACGCCCCGGGUUCUCCUCCGGGCCAACUCUCGGCCGGUUAACGGCGUCGCGGCUGCCUACACGCCACCGGAGAAGAAGUCAUGUUGCUGACACAACAGGGACCGCUGUUGGAGAUUAAGAGCUGUCAGCGGAUGAGGAAGCAGGCGAAGGACACUUUUUAAUCAUGAAUGUUGGAGAAGAGGAACGGACGAUGCAUAGAUGUGGAUUAUGGCCCUCAAGAACUGAGGAUGUUUGAAUUGACGAAGUUAAAGCAAUUAUUGGAAAGUAUUGAAAAAUCAACUCAGUGUACUUUUCUGUGAAUUAUCUGACAUGAGGAGAAUUAGAAGCUUGUUCAUCUGGUACUGCAAAGACAAGAAAGUCAAUGUUUCAACUAGGCAUGCUUACCACUGACAGAAUAAGGGCCAGUGGUGAGUGGUGAUGGGUGUGAUCAGUGUUGUGGUGAAGCUACAGUAAGCCAGUCUCAUUUAUAUCAACUAUAUCUAGAUGUUUUUUGUUUUUGUUUUCUCCUCCCGUUAGUGUCACAUAUGCAGAAACCGCUGUGGGACCGUUACCUAUUGUUCGACUUCGCACUGGCAUAAAUAAUGGAAAUCUGAAUGUAAAGACGAGAGCUUUGAUAAGGCAGUUACCGCAUAAAGGGAGCAUUCCCAACAACCUGCUCACCAGCCUCAGCGAUGUUAACUUUAACACGCCCCAGUCAGUACAAGAUGAGCACAAACAGUUCCGUAUCUGCUUUUAUCUGGAAAUAUUACACUUCUUGGAAUGCGUUUUGUCAAAAAUGCUGUCCCCCAUGCUUCACUAGACCGCCGAUGAGACUUGAAAAUCUGAUCCGAGCUGUGAUCGUCUGCUGCUGCGCUCUGGGUGAAACCAUCCUGGAGAACCUGUUACAAACCAGAAGGCUGUGAAUUAAAAUGUAUUUUUUUGUUUGUCUUUUUUCUACUUUCUCCUGUGAAUGUGUUGUAAAUGGAUUCUUUCAAAUUCUGAUUGGAUCACGUGAUGAAAAGGGUGGCAUGAAGAGUCUUAGAAAAGUUUUGGGCCACCUCAAGCCACCAAAAAAAAAAAAAAAAAACUUAAAUUCAUCUUGGGUGAGUUUCUCCAAGUCUCUUGAACUCUACUGAAAGGAUCAUUUUAAGAGAUAUUCCCUCAUUUUGUGUGUUGAUGAUUGUGGGGUGGGGAUUGGGGAGGGGGGUGUCACCAGUCCAAAAUCUCACCCAACUCGGUUGAGAUCUGGUGACUGUGAAGGCCACAGUAUAUGAUUCACAUGAUAUUUAAACCAAUAAAAGCCUUCAGUGACCUCAUACCUGUAUGUGGGCAUCUGUAUCUGUUAUGUA